AGUCCUGUAUCUCAACACCAUCAGUUUAACACAAGUUUGUCAUCAGAAAUAGCCUCUCCACUCAGAAUGAUGACCAUAGCUAAUUCACCAUGUACACCACUAAGUGCAUUGAUGCAGUCGCCACAACUGGCACAGAAGGCACUUAUUCGACAGAGAGAGAGGGAAAUUAAAAAGCUUGAGUUGUCUCUACAGAAUGAAAGACAUCUUAGGACAGAACUGGAAUUUGACCUCCAUGAAAAGACGGAAAAGUUAAAUGAUAAAGAUAAUAAAAUAAAAGAAUUUGAGAAAGUAGUGAAACAACAGAGAAAAGUUCAAGACAUGGUAGAUGAAAUAGAUACACUGAGACAAGAAAAAGAGAAGAAUGAAAAGGAUCUCACAAGGGUUCAACAGAAAAUGAACGAAUUGCAGAACAUCAAAGAUCAUUAUGUGAUUGUAGAACAAGAAAAUAAACAGCUUACAGACGAGUUUUCAAAAAUGAGAGCAGAGGUUCAGACUAUGGACAGUCUUAAGAAAAGCCAUGAAGAAUACAGAACUCAGUGUCAUCUCAAGUCUGUUAGAUUGUCAGAAUUAGAAAGCUUGAUUCAACACAAGAAUAGUGAAUUGGAAAGCAAAAACAUAGGGAUGUGUCAUUCUGAGGAGAAAAACAGAAAUUUAAUAAGUCAAAUUGAGAGCUUGAAAAAAGAUCAAGAAGAAUUUGAAGAGCUCUUAAGUUGCAGAGGUGCUGUAAAUGGCGAAAGUAUGGGGGUGAUCAGUGACAAACGAAUUAAGGAAUUGGAAGAUGAAAUGGCACAUAUGAAGUCGUCGUGGGUUGAAUUGUCAGCACAUGAACAACUACAACAGAAACUUGAUGCUGUUUCAGAAGCUAGAGAUACUUUCGAGGCAAAGUUCAGUGAUGUUCAUAAACAGUAUUUAGAAAAAGAAAGUCAGGUAGACCAGCUUCAGCUAGAAGUUUCUAAACUUAAAUCUAGCAUCGACGUUUACCAAGAAAAUCAGACCAAGUUGGAAAAGAAGGUAAAAGAGGUAGAACAAGAGAUAAACCAUCUAAGACAGUCAGAAGCUAAACUUAUUUCAUCAGAGGAAUCUGCCAUAGCUGCCAGGAAAGCUGCUGAAGAACAAAUCAUCACUUUACAGAAAGAUCAGUCACGAUUACAGACAGAGUUCAAGUUAACAGUGCAGGAAUUAGAGGGCACUAAACAAGCAAGUGAGAACCGACGUCAAACCAUGGCAGCAUCUAUUGAUGUGGCUUUGUCUGAAAAGAAAACUCUUGAACAACGCCUUCUUAAAUCAAAUCAAAAGCUUGAAGAACAAGUCGCAGAGCUAAAAGCGAAACUACACACAGAACAGGAAGAGGCAGCCAAAAUUGAGGAAACACUGAAAUCUAAGGUACAAACCUUACAAUUGUCACAGAAACAGACUGAAAUUCUUUUGGAGAAUGAAAAAUGGACAAAGGAUAAUACAAUUACAGCAAUAAGAGAAGAGCUGAAAGAAAUUCAGGAGGAACUUACAGAAACAGAAAACAGGCUUCAAAUUGAAAUAGCACAAUUAACUGAAAAUAAAAAUAAAUUGGAAGAACAGAUUGCAGAACAGAAAGAUUCGUAUGUGCAAAAAAUUGACAAAAUUUCAUCGGAACUACUCGCUUUUAAAACAACAGCUAGGCAAAAAGAAAAUGACAUGUGUGAUCAGUUGCAGAGCGUCAAAGAUGAAAAUAUUGCUUUGAAAAAUGAUCUUGACAACCUGAAGGUAGCCAGUGAGAAAUCAGUAUCUACAAUGGAACAAAAAUAUUGUAAAUUUGAAAAUAAGGCAAAAGAUCAAGAAGACAGCCUAAGGAAAGAACUUAAGGCUUUACAAGGUAAAUAUCAGUGGAGUCAGCAUGACCAAGAAUCACUUUCUGAAGAAAUAUCUGAUUUAAAAGACUCUGUUAAAGAAAAGUGCUUGGAAAUUGAGAACUUGCAAAGUGAAAUAAUGAGCCAUAAACAAUGUGUGAAUGAUUUGAAAGGUCAGGUGUCUCAGGUUACAAACAGCAAAGAAAACUUACAAAAGCAGUUGGAAGAAAUGAAAGAAAAUCUUAGUGUUGAACAAGAAAAUCAUGCUGAAUUAGUGAAUAAGAUUUCACAGGAACAUGAAACUGAGAUUCAGAAACUAAGGAAUUGUUUGUCGGCCAAAGAGGCAAGUAGUUUAGAUACCCAGCAGAACUUAGAAUCAUGCAUGAAUGAAAUACAGACUUCACUAGAAAAAGAAAUGGAGAGAGGAAAAGAGAAAGAGAGAUUAUGCCAUAUUCAGAUUGCUCAGUUUAAAAAUCAGCUGGCAGAAUUACAAGGAAAGUAUGAUAAGGAAACAGCAAGUCAUAAUGGUAUUCUAACCAGCUUAAACAAUGAGCUGGAACAACAACGUCUCACGACUGCUGUGUCAGAGGAGAAGCUUACUAAGGAAGUGCAAAGAGGUCAAGCUGAAUUGAAUAAAGUCGCUGCUGAGUAUAAUGAAUUGGACAUGAAAUAUAGAUCAGUGACUGAUCAUGAAAGAACUCGUGACAGCAGAAUGAAGGAAUUACACCAACAAAUAUCUGAGUUGGAAAGUCGAAAACGGGACUUGGAAAAUCUUAGUGAGGAGAAGAAUGAGAAGGUUGAUGACCUGACUGGUCAGAUUGUUCUGAUUAAGAAAGUUGCGGAAUCUAAACAGGCAGACAACGAUAAACUAUGCUCAGAAAAUAAAAGUUUGAAUGUGAAAGUAGAAGAUUUGAAUGAAAAGUUACUGAAAGAAUGUAAAGAAAACGAUGAAACAAGACACAAACAUAAAGAGAUUAAUUGUCUUGUGAAUCAGUUGGAGAAAGAGUUAUGUGAAGUCAAUAAUAAACUUGUAGACACUGAAAAAGUGCUGGAAGAAAAAUCUUCAUCUCUUAGUCGGGAGGUUGAAGCUGUAUCUUUACGUGAUGCUCAGAUUUCUGAUUUGAAAAUUUCAUUACAGAAUUCACAGGAAAAAGUUGUUUCUUCCAACGAACAGGUUUCACAACUUACUGAGAAUAACGAGGAUUUAAACAAAAGUCUAGAAAAUGUGAACCAUGAACUGAAAAAUUUACAACUUGUUUUCAAUAAUAAAGAAAUUGAAUUGAAUGAGAAGAUUCAGACAUUAUUAGAAUCUCAUAAAAAUGAAUUUUUAGAAUUAAAGGAAUCAAGUGAGUCAGAAAUGAAUGUGCUGAACUCUGAAAUUGAAAAAAUGAAAUCUGAUUUGCUUUCAUGUGACACUGAAAUUCUUAGACUUGAACAAGAAAACAGAGAUCUGAAGUCAUCGUUGGAACUAUUGAAGCAAGAGCAUUCACAGGAAUUAGAACAGAUUCAUAGCGAGAAGGAAACAGUUUUAAAUGAAUGUGAAACAAGGUUGAAAGGAACAAAUGAAAAACUGUCUAAAGAAAAGAAUGAACUUUUCGAAAAUCAUAAAAUGGAACUUCAGUCACUAAAUUCAGAAUUUUCAGAAUCAAAACAGAAGUUUGAAAAUACUAUUGUGCAACUGAAAGAGCAAUCCAAAAAUGAUUUAGAAUCAUUAAAAAGUGAAUUUAAACUUCAAGUUGAAAGAAUGACAGGUGAACAGAAACAAGAAAAUGAAAAAAUGAUCAGUUUGAGAAAGGAAUGUAAGGUAAAGGUCUCUGAAACUGAAAAAUACUGGCAGUCACAACUAGAGCAACUGCAAGAUGAGUAUGCUCAAGCUAGUGAUGAACAGAAACAGGAAUAUGACAGUCAAGUUCAGGAGCAGGAAGUCAGGUACCAGUCACAGUAUGAGGCACUGGUUCAAGAAAGGGAAAUGAUCUUGUCCAAUCAGAAGAUGGCAUUCCAGGAAAGAGUGAAUUACCUUGAAAAUAGGCUUACUCAAAGACAAACUGAGAUUCAGACUUUGACGAAAGAAAUGAAUGAGGACAAAGGAAAGACAGAAACAGAUUACAAACAGAAGCUUGCUAAUAUAGAAUCUAUAUUGAAGAAAGAAAUGUCAAAUCAGAAAGACUUGACGAAUGAAUUAAAACAAAAUAAAGAAAGGGUCAAUGAGCUUCAGUCUGCUUUGCGUGAAAAAAGAACGAGCUAUGAAACUUCUCUGAAAGCCAGUAAAAAUGCUUGGGACUCUGACCUUGAUAAUCUUAGGGAAGAGUAUAAUGGUAAAAUGUCCGAACUUGAAAGAGAGAAGAACAGACAAAUAGAGGAUGAAAAGCAACGAAGAAUAAACAUGGAAGAAUCGUGCCACCAUCUGGAAGAAAGAAUGGAAACAUCAUUAGCUGAAAACAAUAGCUUGAAACAGCAGCUGGCUGCAGUAGAAGAAGAGAAAAAUCAGCUUAUCCUUGACUACGAAAAGACUUUAGAUUUGAAAAACACUGAUUUCACAGAUCAAGAAAAGUUAAAGAAGAAAAUAGAAAUGUUUAAAUCACAGGUCCAGAAGUUAGAAGUGGAGAAAAAUUUCCAUCGAGAUCAAUUAGACAAAAAGGUUAAAGAACUGAAAGAGGAACUUGAGUACAGGGAGAAACAGUGGUCUGAGGAAAUGGAGGGCUGUAAGAAACAGUAUACAGAAGCUAACCAACAGAAAAUACAUCUUCAACAACAGAUGAAGAACAUAGGAGAAAAUACUGACAAGAAAGACAAAACAAUUGCACAGUACCAAAAAUACUAUGCCCAGAAGAAAGAGACCAAUCUACUUCUACAACAAGAGGUUGCCAUCAACAAAAAACUGGCCGACAACUUCAAAGAAAAAACUGAGAAGUUGGAGACAGAAAUGAAUAAGUUGAAAAACAACUAUAAGGCAAAAUCUGAAAAGUUAGAAAAAGAACUCGAACAACUGAAAGGUCAUAUAGAGGAACAGAAACAUAAGUUCUGUAAGACUGAGAUGGAGGUGGCACCAUUAAAAUCUCAACUGCAGGAAGAACUGAACAAAAAUAAAACACUUCAAAACAAAGUAAAGACCUUGGAAGUUCAGUUAGAUUAUGCUGAUAAACAAGUUAGACAACUACGCCAUAAAUUAGAUGAUGCUGGCACAGUGUUUUUGGGAGAUAAUUCAGAAUUCAUGAAGUUAAAGAAAGAGUCAGAUGUUAGCCUAAUUGAAACCAGUUUCCGUGAUGAUGGUGGUCCACUUACUCCUUAUAACCUCAGAUCAUCAAGAAAAUUUUCCCUGGAAAGAAACCCAUCUCAGAGUUCAUUGGAACAUCCAUGUAAAAGUGAUGGAGAUGAGAAGAAUGUUUCUCCUUUAUCAUUGAGAAGUCACGGCAGACGGACAUCACUAUCCGAUCCUAAUCUGAACGCCACCAUAGCUAGUAUAGAUUCUGUGCGAUCAACAACUUCAAAAGGUAUGAAAAGAUUUGUGAAUGAUGAGGACGAUGAAGGUGAAGUACUUGAAUGGAAGCGACUUGGUGAGUUAUCACGACGAAACACACUUUGUCUUCCACAUCUUAAGACAUCAUACCCUGUUGAAACACAGAAGAUUCAACUCCGGGCUUUUCCUGACAGAUCACUGCAGCAGAGCAGCCUGAGUACCAACAGUCUAAAGAAAAGGAAACAAGAAUUGGUGGAGGAAGAUGAUCUGAAAACAGAAUUUUAUGACAGUACUAAGAACAAGCAGGCCAAACAUGUAAAUACAGUUUAUCAGAAGCCAGGUCCACCUACACCUGGCAAUUCUAACAAGAGGAAUUCUAGAGGGACACCAGGAAGAGGUUUACUACAUUCCCCCCGGUCUCCAAUGACUAGUGGUAGGAGACGGACACCGAAGCGUACUCCAAAGAAGACUCCUAAAAAGGAGACCAAUGAAAAUGUUAAGCCUAGUACAACAUUUAGCAUAGGGUUUACUCCAAAGAACAAACGUUUGACAAGGCAGCAUGGGUUUGUGUCAGCCUCUAAAAGUUCAACGAAGCUGUCAAGAAUGUUAACAUGGGACAUAAACCUAGACAGCCCUUAGCAGUUAAGAAUUGUUUCCAACAAACUGGUGUGUGAUGUAUUUUUUAUUUAUUAUACAGCGAUUCCAGACUCUCAGGAGGAUAUGUGAAGUUGUUGUUAUGGACUUUAAAUGGAUAUUUUAAUUCAAUUAUUGCUCAUAAAUAUUUUCUAAUUUUUUAAACAGAAAUAUGAUUAAAUUUGCAUGUUUAUUUGCAAUGGCAUUUCCAUUCACAAUAUGUUAUAUGUCUAAAUACAGGAUUAUUGAAUCAAUUAAAUAUGAAUAAUUGAAUAUAUUGUAUCAUGUUAAAUAAAAUUGUUUAGAUCAGAAUGGUUGUGAAAAGAAGAAAUCAGUUGUGACAUGUACAUAUUGGAUAUAAAUUUUUAGGGUGUUAGAUUAUAAUUUUACUCACACACCAAGUUUUGAGUUGGACAACUGGCUUUGUCUUGCUUAUUUGUAUUUUUUUGUAAAUCUAUGCUUUUUAUUUAUUUUAAUUUAGACACUUUAAAUACCCUGAAUUCCUUGUAUUAAUUGCCUGUAAUGUAGAUUUAUUGCAAUUCUGUCAGUUUUAGAUUGAACAGAAAGCUUGCAUGCUGGAAUUGUGGUCUGGGGAUUUAAUAAUAUUUGAAAAAAACUAUGGCAUGUUAAACAGAUUUUAAAAAAUUGUUUUGCAUAAUUAGGAAAUAUUUUUUAUUAAAAACUUAUUCAUUAACAUGAAACACAUCCUUUAACAUAAAGGUAUAAUAAGAAUUGAAAUAGGUAGUUUAUAAAGAUUCUUUAGGCUACACUGUGAUUAAUUAUUGCAAGUAUUUCUUUUAAUUUAAAUCAAAAUAAAUGCAUACAAAAUUUCAUCAAAUCAGAAAUAUUGCCCAAUUAUGUAUGAUUUGCUUUAAAUCAAUUGUACACAAUUCUGGGUUUUUUCUUUAAAAAAAACAUAAUUUGGGGCUAGAUAUUUCUCCUACCAGAAAUCAUGUCUAAUGCUCAUUUCUUUUUCAUUCACAUUUAUAAAAUUUAUAUGAAUUAUAAUUAUUAAUUAUUCAAUUUCUUCAUUUUCACUUGACAUUUGUCCCUUUUUUUCUUUCUUUCCUUUCUUCCUUCGUUUUAGGGGGUACAAUUGUAAAGGUAAAAUAUGUAAAUACAAAUAUUUUUGUCUUGGAUAUUGUCUGAAAAACAAGCAUGUUUUGGUAGCUUUAAAUGAAAUUGGCAGAAUUACAAUAAACACAGAGUAAACUUUUAGUGCCUGAUGCUAGUCAUAAAGUGUAUAGUGAUGAGUGCUUAUAGAUGUGAGAGUGUAUGGUGUGUACAUAUACCUGUGUAUGUAACAUUUUUAUUUUCUUCUUUUUCUUGCUUAAAAGUUGCUGCCCACAUGCAACAAGAAAGUUUUUCAAUUGAUCUCAGAAAUUGUAGUUUCCAUUAAUAAAAUCAUUCAUACUCAUUUCAUGCAGUGGCUUUUGAUCCUUUCUGAAAUUAGAAUUUUCUUACGCAGAAUUUUUUUUUAUAUGCAAUGAAGUGGUUAAUAUUUAUAGAAUCUUGAAAAAUCUUUAUGUGGUUUGAUGGCUUUUCAAAUAUUUGUGCUUUUUUUAGUGUUUUAUAGGGCAUUGUUUCCAGAUUUUUAUAGAGAGAGCCAAUAUAAAGUCACUGCUUCCAUUAUAAUCAUGUAGUAAAACAUUGUAUAUCUAAUGUAAAAUAUGUAAAAUAAUAUCUUCAUUGUAAAGCAGUGUAUAAAUUGUCGUAACCAAGCUAAAUAAAUCAUAUGACAGAU